AUCUUACAGAUGCCAGGCGGGGAGUGUUCUGUCAUUCUAAUGACUGACAUCUAUCUCCUUGACUGCUAUAUCUUUAGUGGCCUCUAGGGACAGGCAAGUGCGUUCCUAGUAAAACGUCUGUGUUAGGCUUCUGUUCUGCCAUUUUGUUUGAGAGCCGCAUGGGGAACAGGUCCCUGACUCUAUCUGUCUCCAUCCGGUUAUUUUCACCCUUGAGAAGGCAUAAUCUGUGAAUACAUUUGUUUAGGGAAACAUUUUUGUAUAAUGUGCUACUUAUAUUUUUGCAUCUCAUGUAACAUUUAUCUAAAUUCAGCAUAUGUAGUUAAGCCAUGUUGCUGCAUGAGUAGUAAUUGCCCCUUAUUGGAUGUUGGAGUGCAUUUGGUUUAUUUUUGGGGAAAAGUACAUUAUAUUUUGUUGUUGUUAGAUACUUAUACAUGUCUUUGUUUGUAUCAUUUCAGUUUCACACCGCUCCUAUUAAAAUACCAAACGUCAGCUCCUGUCUCGGUCAUUUUUGGGAGAGUGUUUAGCUCGCUGCAUAGCCAUGCAUCUACACGCGUGGUGAGGGCAGAUGACGCUCCAUGAUGGCUCCUACUCUGACAGUGCCUAUGGAGGCUUUUGUCGUCUUGAGGUGCCUGGCUUUGGAUGCGAGCUAGUACAGGACACGGCAGGUCAGGAGCGUUACCGCACCAUCACCACUGCCUACUACCGUGGCGCCAUGGGCUUUAUACUAAUGUAUGACAUAACCAAUGAGGAGUCCUUCAACGCCGUCCAGGACUGGGCGACCCAGAUUAAGACGUACUCAUGGGAUAAUGCCCAGGUGAUCAUGGUGGGUAACAAGUGUGACAUGGACGAGGAGAGAAUCAUACCUGCAGAGAAGGGAAAACACCUUGCAGACCAGUUAGGCUUUGAGUACUACGAGGCAAGCGCCAAGGAGAACAUCAAUGUGCAGCAGGUCUUCGAGCGCCUGGUGGACAUCAUCUGUGUAAAGAUGUCAGAGCGCGUGGACGUAGAGAUGCCGGCCGCUCCUGGCACCAAGACUACCAGACUGGCCGACAAGCCCGCCCAGUUACCUCAGAAGUGCUGCUGAUCGUCCAUCCGUUCAUCCAUACAUCCCUCUGCUGUUGCCUUGUCUGCUUCCCCCCAUAAGCUUUUGAAAAAAGAAAAAUACUACUUAAAUAUUAUACCAUUCCUCAACUCACUCUCCCUGCUUCAAUACAUGUCUGUGAGCAAUCAAUAAUCACUUUGACUCCUGGGAUUUAUAUUACAAGUUUAAUCCUGUUCUUGUCCCCAAGGUUGGUCAAUUUUUGCAAGAGAAGGAGUGAGUGUAGCAGUGUGUUCCCAAUAAAAUUAAAUGUGGCAUUAGAAAAGUUUUAGAGCCAAGCUAGGUAACAGAAGAUUUUGUGCAAAUAGGAGAGUAAAAGCCUGCUCAGAAGAUAACGAGUUAAAGUGUACGUUACAUUUUUUUAUUUAAUUUGAGGGACAAGAAACGAUUUCUCCACUAUGGAAUGGGUUGUAGUCUGACAGAGGAGGAUACAAUUAGGGAGAUAAUGUGACAAAAGGACCACAAUUCCAUAGAGAUAAUGAGUAGACUCAUUUGAAAAUAUAAUUAAAUUACCUCCAGUUAUCUGACAUUGGUAAGUUCCAGUUGAAAGCACCAGUAAUUCUGGUUUUGUACAUUUUUGAGACAUAUACCUGUCUAGUGCACACACUGCCUCAUAAUUGGUUGAGUGAAGUGCUUCAUUUUAGAUUCAUACAAAAAGUGCACUGGUGAGCAGAGCUGAAAGCAGGGUCCAAAGGUAAGCACAGCCUCUCCUCUCAAAGUGUAGCACAACAAUAAACUCACCACCAAAACUGCUCAUGUUCACAAGUUUACAGGUCAUAGUCGUUCAUCUGGGUGUCACCUAUCCUAACAUUACAUAAGAUUAGAUAAGAAAAGAAGGAGCUUUAUUAAUCCCUGUGGGGAAAUUCAGUAGUUUAACAACAACAGGGUAAGAUUGGAAAACAGGACAGCACAGGUUCACACAGAUUAAUACAAUUAAGGAUAAAAUCAAAGAUACAAAUAAAAAAUGGUAAAUAACUAUAAAAUAAGAAAUGAAUUAAAUUGAACAUAUAUACAUAUUUGGUCAUGUGUACAUAUUAUUUACAUGUGUGUGUGUGAAAACAAUAUGUAUUUUAUGUGAGGCUACUUUAAAGAUAGCUACUAAUAGUGAGUCCACACAAAUACAAUAUGCCCAUAGCCUAACCAACUGUUUCUGGUCUUACUUUGCGCUAUUUUUGGCUUGAAAGACAAUUUAGGGCUACACCACCAAUGCAUAUUUCCGGGUCGGCCUGCAGCCCAAAUCAUUAGAGGACUCGGUCAAAUUCAAGACAAGUCUAAUGGUGCCCUGUGGGCAUAAUUUAUAGACAUGUUUUACUUUUUGCUUUUAAAAAAAAGCAAAAAGUAAAACAUGUCUAUAAAUUAUGCCUUGACCAAAUAUUCUAGUCAGGAAGCCCAGAAUUUUUUUUUCUCAAGGAGCUUCAAAAUCUGCACAUUAUAAGACACAAACUACUUUCAGAUCCUAAUUACAGAUAAGACCAACUCCCUAGAAACCUUUGUUAAUAGUACAUCAAAAGGUGUACCUCAAGGCUCUGUGCUUGGACCCCUCCUCUUCACCAUUUACAUGCUCCCACUUGGUCUCAGCUUUCAUUCAUACGCUGAUGACACACAGCUCUAUCUCUGCACCAAACCGUCCACUCAGCUCCCCCCUCAAUCCCUUGUCAACUGCCUACAGGACAUAAAAAACUGGAUGUCAUCAAACCUGCUCAAACUAAACAACAAUAAAAACAGAGCUCAUGAUUGUGGCUCCCAAGGCGCAGCUCCGGAAGGUUGGAGACCUGCUCCUGACGGGUGCUCCAUUUCUCCGUCCACUGAAGUCCGCAACCUGGGAGUCAUCCUGGACACCACCCUCUCCUUCCAGGCGCACAUAAAAUCUGUCACUAAAUCGGCUUUCUACCACCUCAAAAAUAUUUCCAGACUCCGGCCUUCACUCUCUGACUCUGUGGCAGAAACGCUAAUACACGCUUUCAUCACCUCCCGCCUCAACUAUUGCAAUGGAGUCCUGUCCGGGUUUCCCAGCAAAGCCCUGGAGAGGCUCCAAUACGUCCAGAACUCUGCCGCCAGGCUUCUCACCUGCACCAAGCCCUGGCAACACAUCACCCCCACCCUCCUCCAUCUUCACUGGCUGCCGGUCAAGUCCUGGAUUCAGUACAAAACACUCCUCCUCACUUACAAGUCUCUCCAUUCACCCGCUGGUGACAGGGCGUUCAGUGUUGCGGCCCCCACCAUCUGGAAUGUACAUCCUGCAGAGAUCCGCAAUGCUGCUUCCCUGGCCAUCUUCAAGUCAUCAUUAAAAACUCACCGGUUCACCAUGGCCAUUGACCCCUAACCCAUCACAGUCCCCCUGCUUCCACUCCUACUGCUAUUUAUUUUAUUGUUUACGUUAUGAUUUGCCCCUUUUGUUUGUUUGUUUGUUCACUGUGUAAAGCGGCCUUGGGUCCCUUGAAACGCGCCAUACAAAUGUUAUCUAUUAUUAUUAUUAUCAAACAACUACACAGAGACACAAAAUUACUUCAUAGUUUUCUACUGUUUUCCAGAGGUAGCACACAUAGCACAAAUAGCACAAAAAUACAUUAACAACCCAGAUGAGGUUGGGCACUGCAGCCAAUAGCACAAUACAGCACCAUACUGAGUGUUUUAUACACAUGUGAGCAGGUACAUGGUUCUUUUUUCCCCCAUAGACAGAACUUUUUGCGUGUGAGAGAGCGGUGUGUAUGUGAUAUUAGAGCCAACAUCGUGGUGCAUAUGUUUAUCAUGGUAGUUAUUGAGUGUUCAUUUGUAAGGGUUUUUUGUGUUUGUGUACAGUAUCUUUGAUGGAAGUGUGACAUUUUUAACAUGUCAUGUCAGCUGAGAUACAGUACGUGUUUGUUCACAAUGAAUUCCAUGACAAAAGGGAAGACAAGAAGACAAAUAUGUAAGCAUUUAUUAUUAAAUAUUGAAGAUUGGAAAAAAACAAUAGCCUGCCAAAUUGUUAUAUAGCUGCCACGUUUUGUGUGUAACUCCCAUGUGUCUUCAUAUUGAUAUGAAAAAAAAAAUUACUAAUAUUGACAUUGUCUUCAUAUGAUUCUUUUUUAAAGUGCAUUUGUAAAUGAUAGAUUUAGAAAUUAUAAUGGUGUUGAGUAUGAAUACAUUUUUUAUGCUGUGUUUUUUCAUGGACAAAAUAUAUAGAAAGUUAAUGUAAACUUGUUGUCUAACAAUUCCCUUUUCCCGGGAGAAGCACAAAGUGAUUGUACAAAAUAUUGUGAAUGUUUGUAUAUUAUAGAUGCAAUUUAGUCAAAUAACAAUCUUAAUAAUUUUAAUGUAA